AAACAAACGCGAUUGAUAACAUGUCUUUUAGGUGGUUUCGCUAAUUAGAAAUUCAAUUGAAUUCGACCAAUAUUCUAGAAAAUUAUAACAUCUUACGAGCCGCAUAAAUGCCAGCAUCAUGUUGUGUACCGGAUUGCGAGCUGAAAUACGCUCAUUCUGACGAUGUGUCAUAUCAUAAGUUUCCUCUGAAGAAACCCACAAUUCUAGCGCAGUGGAUACAAUUCACUGGCCGGGAUCCGGAUUGGGUACCUACAAAGUGGAGCGCAAUUUGCAGUCGUCAUUUCAAGCCAACCGAUUUCAAGGAUUGUAUUUACAGGAAAAAUCUCAUAAGUACAGCAGUUCCGUCGAUUCGAAUAAAGCAUCAGACACCACUUUCAGAGUUCACAAGUAAAUUGUGCGCAACGGAUGAUAUCAGCCAUGAUUUCCAGUCCGACCUGCAGGAAACUGAAACCGAUCAGGAAGAUCUAUCAGGAGAAGAAUCCAAUCUUUUGGAAAUUACUUGUCGGUUGUGUGGAAUUGUUUUUAGCAAAUGGUGUCAAGGUUUAUUGAACGAUUUCAAUCAACACGCCACUGUUAUUUUGAAAUGUCUCCCUUUCCUCAACAUGGAAGAUACCCAUUUCCCAUCGAAAGUUUGUGGUCACUGCUUGAAACUCAUCAAUGGUUUCUCCGCCUUCUACGACAACGUCAUGAAAGCGCAAGGAGACUUGGAGCACAAAUAUAAUCACAAUCAUCAGCAGGAUACAGCUCACGUUCCGGUUACCAAAGGAUUGAAAAUCAAACAGGAACCAUUGGUCAGUAUCAAGGAGGAGACGGUUGAUUGCGGUGUGAAAAACAGAGAUGCACAACUUGAACUGGCCGAAAAGACAUUGAUCAUAAAAAAUCCAACCAUCACCAACGAUAAGAACAAAAUUCUGCUGUUUAACAAUCAAAACAGCGAAGGGCAGAGUUCUAAACUUUUUCGCGAGUCCAAAAAUUGUGAAAUUCUAGAAAUAGUUAAUUUGUAUCCACCCAUUGUAGAUAUUACGAGCGCAACAGUUCGUGAAGUACAACCGUACGAAAUCGCUUUUCCAUCCGUAUCUUCUUCAAGUUUUCUUCCACCCGCGCCUCAGAUAAUCAACUUGAAAACGGAGGUUUCGGCCGAAGUGGAGGAUGAAUACGAAGACUAUUCCAGCUAUUUUCAGGAUUACCAAUCGGGUUUGAACACCCUGGAAGAGCACAGUUACUCCAAGUUGCCGAUUCAGGCGGAUGAUAACAAGGAUGAAAUAUUCUCGUACUUACCUCAAACUUCUCACAGCGAUGCAAUAAGUUUAGGCGACGCAGGAUCCAUCCGUGUGAUUCAUGUAGAGCUUCAACCUCCGGUUGAGCAAGUUGAUCCAGUGGUUGUGAAACAUUCAUGCCAGCAAUGCCAUCGAAAAUAUCUGUCUCGGUUAAAAUUGAUCCAACACCGUGUGCUGAGUUGCCACUGGAGGAAAAGAAAUCUUUACCGUUGUGUUCACUGUGUUGCGAAAUGUCGUACGUGGGCUCAUUUACAAACACAUCUGAAACGUUGUCUGAGAAAAAGUUUCAAAUUAAGGCGCCUGACGACGCGGGCGAAUGAGAUAAAGGCCAAUAGGAAAAAUUCACAUGAUAAGAUUUCUUCCACACCAAGCGAUGAAGCAAACCAACAAAAGCAGACCACUGACCUGGCUAAUGCUCAUCGUUGCAGCAUGUGCGAACGUUCUUAUUCCAGCUUGUCGAAUUUGAGACGGCACAUGAACAGUCAUCGUCCAGUCGAUCAGUGGAACCAUAAAUGUGGCAUUUGUUUGAAGAUUUUCGAUAAGUUGUUCGAUCUUAAGAAGCACUUUAAGCUGGCGAAGUGUGCCGGGGGUAGCGAAGCGAGCGAAUACGUUCUUCUAAAACCAGAUGACGAGAGGUUCGACGUAACGCAGGUUGAAUCCAACCACUUGUUGUACGUUUGUACCACGUGCAAUAAGCAGUUCAAGUCGUACAAUAGUUUGAAGGUACAUGAGAGUGUUCAUACUGGUCUCAAAGUUUUUGUUUGCGAAACUUGUGGAAAACGAUUCGGGGGACAGAUGAAUCUCGUCCAGCAUCGGCUAACACACGUCGAUUCGAGACAGUUUGCCUGCAAAUUAUGCCCAAAGGUUUUCAAACGAAGUGGCGGAUUGAGCCAACAUGUGAAAGCCUUCCACAUGCAGAUUAAACCACAUCAGUGCCCGGUUUGUAAGAGAUGUUUCGCGCUGAAAGCAGAUAUGUUGAGGUGUAGACAUUCUAAGCUAAGAGAAUUCGAGUUUGGAUAGCAUUAUUAACCGUACUAUCAUGAGAAAGAGUCAUUGUGAUUGACCAAGUUGGAAUUGAGGCUUUUUAUGGAAUCAAAAGAAAAUCCUGUUCUUGAAUUUUUAGCAGUUAUAUUUCUGUCCAGAAGUCGCAGAGAAAACUAAUCCCCAGGAACAACAGAGCAAGCGAUGUAUCGAUACAAGGUUCAGUACGACGAAGCAAUUAAUUUGCGAGUUAACUACACAGUACAACAACUCCUGAGCCGAAAGACCUACAGUUACUUCAACAAUUACUACGCGAUCUAAUCUUCCAUUACGAAGAGGCGAUCGCACAGUUUCACGAUACGAACCCUUUGUCGCGCCCCAGGAUCCCAAAUUGCAUCAUUUUCGCAGGCUGACAAGUGUUGUAUAGAUCAUGAACGAGCUCGUUCUUCCGCUGCACUUAGUUGAUGC